UUUACUAAAAAAUUAUGGUGUAAAGAAUGUGACCUAUUUAGAAUAAUGGAAGGAUGGACCAGUGGAAAUUCUGAUAUUGAUAAGUUUAUAAAAGAUACAAUGUAUGAUACAAUGUAUGAUGCAAAAAAUAAAAAAGGUUAUGUCGAUAAAUUUCUUGAAUGGGUACCAUUUGAUAGAUUUAAAAACAUAAAAGAAAUUGGUGAAGGUGGAUUUGCCAAAGUAUAUUCUGCAACUUGGAUUGAUGGUAAAUCAGCGCAUAGUAAAAAUGAUGAUGGAAGUUGGAAAAAAGUAGAACCUAUAUCUGACACAGUUGCCUUGAAAAGGUUAAAUGGAUCGCAGAAUAUGUCAGAUAAAUAUUUAAAUGAACUUAAAAUACAUUGGGAAAUUUCUAAAAGUCAAGGAUUACAAUUUUAUGGAUUAACUAAAGACCCAGAAACUAAAGAAUUUAUGAUGAUUAUACAAUUUGCUAAUAAAGGAAAUUUGAGAAGUAUACUUUCAAAUAACUUUAGCAACAUUAUGUGGAAAAGUAAAAUCAGUUAUUUACGGUUUAUACUCUCGGACCUACGAGAUUUACAUAAAUUAGGAUAUUGCCAUAAAGAUUUUCAUAGUGGAAAUAUUUUACAAAUUGGUACUACUUAUAUUUCCGACUUUGGAUUAUCAGGACCAGCAAAUGAACAAAAAAAAUCUGAUGGUAAAGUUUAUGGAGUAAUGCCAUAUAUUGCACCAGAAGUCUUAAACGGAGAACCAUAUACAUCAUCAUCCGAUAUUUAUAGUCUAGGUGUAAUUAUGGCUGAAUUAUCAUCAGGAAAACCACCUUUUUACAAUAAAAAACAUGAUUUAAGUUUAGCAUUAGCCAUAUGUAAUGGACUCAGACCAGAAUUUGGAAAAGGAACUCCUGAAUUUUAUAAGAAAUUAGCUUAUAAAUGCAUGAAUGCCAAUCCAAAUGAAAGACCAGCAGCCGAAGAAUUAAGAAAAAUAUUUGGUUUUUGGGAUGCUUCUUAUGAUGGUGAAAAAGAUGAAGUAGAACAAUACGGUUAUAAAGGAAAAGAAAUUAAAGCAGCAUUUAAAGAAGCUGAUAAAGAAAUACCAAACAUCUCAACUUCGUAUGAAAAGAAUUCUGAUGCUGUAUAUACCAGUAGAGCGUUUACAUUUAGCAAUUUAUUACCAAAACCCGUUAAUUCAUCCAUUAUUACUUCAUAUGUUAAUAAUGAAGUUUGUGACUCUCAAUUAAUCGACUUGGAAGUGUCUAAUUCGAUACAGUUAAGAGGCACUAUAGAUAUUGAUGAUGAAAGUAAUGUUGAUGAUUUAGUGAAUUAA